AUGCCACUUCAGAAAGAUAAUCAACCAAUUUUGCUUUCAUAUACACAUGUUGAACUGUUACAGACCAAGGCCGUCGUAGAUAAUCAACGCAAGCCAAGACCAAAUUCUUAUGCCUCCCAUUAUACGAUCCAGUCCUCUGAAAUAGACGAGCAAGCACCUGGAAUCGACCCUUACUGCCCAACCGGAGAGCGGACGGCUAAUGUGUUCCACUUAUUGAACAGGGUCUAUGGUCGGUCCGUGACCCCUGGACGCCGAAGGCGUCCUUGGGGUGAUCUCGUAGUUCCUACGGGAUCUGACCAACUGCCCGGUGGUAGCCCUUUGAUCAGAUUGGCUCAAGUGAUUGUUGCUGCUGUGAAGAAGAGGAAAAUAGCAUUGCCAGAUGACCCUACGCUUUUGUACCAGAAUAGAGAGCUUGAUGCUUCUAUUUCUGUCAAUGGAAGGCUUUUACACACCAAUCAAUUCAAGUGGCUUGAUAAAGCUGCAAUUGUAACAAAAGAUGAUGAGCAAACAGAUUCGAAGACGCUAAAUCUUUGGAGGCUGGCUACGGUCCACAGAGUUGAGGAACUAAAAUCCAUCAUUAGAAUGUUACCCGUUUGGGCAUCUGGGAUCUUACUUAUAACCGCUUCUUCACAUCUGCAUAGCUUUGUCAUCCAACAAGCUCGCACUAUGGAUCGUCAUUUGUCGCAUUCUUUCGAAAUCCCACCAGCGAGCUUAUCCAUUUUUAGUAUUUUAACGAUGAUGAUAGGGCUCGUCUUAUACGAGCGCCUUUUCGUCCCUUUUGCUCGUCGUUUCACUGGAAAUCCCGCAGGCAUCAGUUGCCUGCAGAGAAUGGGAAUAGGCUUUAUUGUUAACAUAAUUGCAACUAUUAUUUCAGCAUUAAUUGAGAGCAAAAGAAAAGCAGUGGCUGCCCAUCACAACUUACUGGAUAAUCCUAAAGCCAUUAUUCCAAUAAGCGUGUUUUGGUUAGUUCCUCAAUUUUGCCUUCAUGGAGUAGCAGAAGUUUUCAUGUCUGUUGGGCACUUGGAGUUUCUUUAUCAUCAAUCGCCAGAAAGCAUGAGAAGCACAGCUGCAGCUCUGUAUUGGAUAACUAUAGCAAUGGGAAAUUAUAUCGGUACACUUAUUGUCUCUCUAGUUCACAAAUAUACUGGCCAAGAAAAUAAUUGGUUGCCUGAUACCAAUCUUAACAGGGGAAGAUUAGAUUAUUAUUAUUGGCUUGUAACAGGUGUCCAAGUCAUAAAUCUUGUUUAUUAUGUAAUUUGUGCUUGGUUGUAUACUUAUAAACCCUUAGAAGAGGCCAAGGAAGAAGAUAAUGAAGAGAUAAGGAUCGGAUAUAAAAAGUCGAAUGAUAAAAAUGGGGGGAGAGAGGUGGAACUCAAUAGAAAUGAGAUAGUUAAGGUUGUAUAACUUCUCACGAUGAGUAUGAAAUUUACAAUAAAUGGAAUCCCAAGAAUUUUAAUUUAAAAAA